AUGGGGGACUUGGAGCGUAAAGUUGCAGAUUUGGAGCAAGCACUCCAAGCUGCAAAUGCGCAGCGCUACCAGCAAGAUGAGGAACGCUGGGCUUCUGAACGGAGCCAGCUGCAGGACCGAAUCGGAAAGUUGGAGGCUGAACUGCAGCAGCGGUCACAGGUGCAGGAGGAGCUUACGCGGGUGGCUAUGGAGCUACGGGGGAAGCAGCGAGCCCUCGAGGAGUUGCAGGGGGCUCUCAGUGCCGCCACCGAGCAGCGAAACCACACUAGCCAGGCCCUAGAGAGCCUUAAGACUGUGCUGGCUGCCAAGGAUGACGAGGUUUCAGUCCUUGCCAAACAGAAAGCCGACCUUGCGGACCUCGUUCGUCAGCUGCAGAUGUCGCUCAGCAGCAAUGACAGCAAACUACAGCUGCAGUUGCUGCAGACGCAGUAUGAUCAGGAACGGAAAUACUGGGAGAGCAAGCUCAAGUUGCUAGAGGACGAAAUCAACAAUAAGAACAAUGCAUUGCUGGAUGAUAGAAGGCGUAGCGCCGCGGAGCAGCUGGCGUUCCGUCAGAAAAUCGCGGACUUGGAGUACAGCAACCAGGUCGCGGAUGGCGCACGCAAGCAGCUGGAGACACAGCUGCGGGAGCUGGAGGGCUUCCUGCGUGAUGCCCGCAAGCCUCCGAUGGAAAUUAGUCAUAGCUAUGGGGACCUUUAUAUCCACAGUAGUACGCAUUUCGCGCCCUGGGAAGCCAGUGUCUCCCUCUAUUUCAACCCGAAGGCCCCCACAGGCUGGGCAUUCACGAAAGACAUGCAGCUCAUCCUCAACCGCUCCGCAGUCGCAAAGCUUGCACGGCACGCUCGCGCCAUCAGGCCUUAUAGCUUAAUAGCGGCGGAGUAUCAGCACCUCACAUCGCAGCAUCAGGCGGCGCGGUUGGCUGCUGAGGGUGAGGCGACGGCGUUGCGGGCGCAGCUGACGGAUGUGCAAGGGCAGCUGCAGUUGCUGCAGAACCUCUGCGAUGAAGCAGCCAACAAGCUGGAAGCGCUGCAAACAGCAUCGGAGAGCGCCGCACAGCGUCAUAGAGCCCAGGUGCAGCAUCUCAACGCCGUUAUCGCAGCUGCUAUGUCCUCGGGUGAUGUCACUGUGUUGGCCAACGCCAUGCCGGUGGGAUCGCCGGAGGCCAUGGCGGCGGCGGCCGCCGCGCGCGGCACCGCCACCGUCCCUGCCAUUGGAGGCAGCGGGGCCGCAGCUGACGCGUUGUUGACGCCAGGUCAGCCAGCGGUGCAGGCUGGCGGUGUGGCUGCUGUGCUUGCUGGUAUGACCCCUGGGUCGGUGCCAGUAACCGGCGGCGAUGGGUUGGUGCUGCAGGGCAAGAGUGUGAUGGAGGUGUGGGCUAUGUACCAGGAUAUGCAAGAGGCCUGGCACCGGGAGCGCGCGGAGGUCCGGCGAUUGGGCAGCUACAUGGAGGCCAUUGCGGCAGACCUGGAGGCUAAGGUGGCGUUUAGCGCCCGGCAACAGGAAGAAGCGGACAAGAUGCGGGAGGCGCUCGAUCAGGCAUUGGCGACCGUCGCGACGCUGGAAGAUAAGAACCGGCGGCUGCAGACGUCCCUCUCUACGGCACAAGCGUCCCUAGAGCGAAAGGAGUCGGAGCAGCGCGCGCAGGAACAGGCGAUACGGGACCUCAGUCAGCAGGUCAAGGCGCUAGUAGAAGAGGUGCAGCGGCUGAACGGCAAGCCCGUAGCGCGCAGCAGCAGCAUUGGGGGGGGCGGGGCUGCCGACGGCAAUGGGCUCAGUGCGGACCAGCUUCUCAAUGCGGGCGACGUCAUCAGCCAUCGUCUGGUCACGUUCCGCACAUUGGACGAGCUGGUGGAACAGAACAGGCGACUGCUCGCGCUGGUGCGGCAACUGGGCGGGGAGAGCGAGCGGAGCCGUGCCGAAGUGGCGGAGGACGUGGCGCAGCAGUUUGCCUCCCGGGAGCAGAGCUACAAAACGGCAAUUGCCGAGCUCAACAGCCUGGUCCAAGAGCUCAGCGAGGCAGCCAACCGUUCUACCACCCGGAUCAACGAACUAACCACUCGCGCCGCGGAGCUGGAGGCGGCGCUGUCGACGGCGAAGUCCACGGCACGCGGCGGUGGUACGCCGGCCUCGCCUGGGGGCACGCCGGCCCCGCCAGCGGACGCGGCGGGCAGCGGCAAUGACGGCGCUGCCGCUGCUGUGGCUGCAGCAGAGCUGGCUCAGAUCCGGGAAGAGCUGAGUCAAACCCGGCAGGAGGCAAAGUCACUUGCUGACACGAUGCAAGCACAGGUGAACGAGUUGCGCGAGAAGCUGGCUGCGGCCACUGCGGAGUCGGCUCGCCACGCUGGCCGUGCCGAUGACUGGCGGCAGCGAUGCACGGCGAUGGAGUCGCUGCGUGAGAGCGAGAUGGCGAUGCGGAAUGCGCUGGCGGCGGAGAAAGCGCAGCUGACGACGCUGCUGGCGACAGCGCAGCACAAGGCGGAGGUGGCACAGAGGGGCUUAGAGGAGCUUCAGUCGCAGGUCCGCUCCCGCACAGAGCAUCAAGUGGUUCUGGAGGCCCGCAUGAGCGCGCAGACCACAGCCCUGGAGGAUGCAAGGUCGGCUCUGGCAAUGGCUGAGGCAGAGCGCAACCGUGCACUGGCGGACGCCAAAGUAGCGGAGCAGCUACGGGCCAACAGCGAGGCCACUGCGGCGAUGCGUGAGCGUGAGCUGGAGCGCCGCACAGCCAACCUGGAGUCGGACCUGGCGCGGCUGCGGGGGGAUCACGAGCGGCAGCAAACACUGUUCCACCAUUCGGUGGAGGCGGCCACGGCACAGCUUCGCGAGGUGCGGGAGGAGGCCAACGACAUGCGCCGUGCACGCGACGAGGCCGAGCGAUCUCUAGAGGAGGCUCGCGGCCAGGUUUCAGAGCUCCGAGGCCGCAUCGUAGAGCUUCAGGCGCAGGUUUCGGAGCUCAACAGCCAGCUUGCAGCCGCACGCGGUGUGGGAGGAGGCGCUGCGGUUUCGGACCUGGUGGAGGGGCAGAAGCUGCGGGAUGCGGAGGCGCAGCUACGGGAGACGCAGGCCGAACUUGCAAGUACUCGCGAGCAGCUAGAGGCCCGCAACGCUGCUGUUGAGACUCUUCGUGGGGCUAUGGCGGCGCUACAAGGCACCUACGAUGCGCUCAGGGAGAGCCACGAGGCCGCACAGGCCGCGGCGGCACGGCAGGCUGCGGAGGCGGAGGCGGCGAGUGCGGAGGCUCAGGCCGACCACGAGGCCCUGCAGGCCAGCAGCGCAGCGGAAGCAGCUCGGUUAAGCAGCGAAGUGGCUCGGCUAGGCCGAGAGCUCGCGGACAGGGCCAGCCAGCGCACUCGCGCGGACGAGGACAUUGCCAGGCUGCAGGCGGCCGUGCGCGAGUACCGCAGCCGCUACGAGGAAGCUGUGGCGUCACACGCCCGGGACGUGACAGCACUGCAAGCCGCGGAGAAUCAACUGGAGGAGACACAGGCCACCGUCAACCGCCUGCAGAACGAGCUAACGGCUGCAUUAAACGGCGUGGACGAGCGGUUGGCGGCUGCAGACCGAGAGAAGGAGGCGCUGAAGGCGGAGCUGGCGGCAACGGAGGCGCGUCUGGCGGAGCGGACCGCCGGAAGUGAGCAGCUGCUGGCGUCUGUUCGGGGCGUGCUCGCGGGCACACACCACGAACUGGUGGGCAUGUCGGCGGAGCAGUACAAGUCUCUGAUGGACUAUCUAGGCCGCGAUAAGGCCCUCGCCUCCGCCCAGCUGGACCUGCUGGCUUCGGAGCGCAACAAACUUCGGGAGGAGCGCGACAGCGCAGUACAGCAAGCAGCGGUUCUGCGGGCGCAGAUGGCGUCGCUGCAGGACUCCCUCACCACUAGCCGAGCGGACCUGCAGGCCCGCAUCAAUCUGCUGGAGGCGGAGGACCACGCACGGCGCGUGGCGCAGGGGCAGCUAAGGGGCGAGCUGGACGCCGCAAGGGCAGAGGCGGAACGGCUGCGGUCGCUGCUGGCGGAUGCGGAACAGCGCGCAGCCGCGGGAGAGGCAGGUCUGCGUGAGUCGGCGGCGGCCUUGGCCGGGAUACAGGCACAGCUGGAAGCACACAAGCGGGGCGAGUCGCUGUGGAGGGACAAGUACGAUGCUCUGAUGAGCAGCUGCGUUAUUGGCGGCCGCUGGCUGACAUGCGCGGAUGAUGCCCUUAUAUCGCGCGUGUACGGCAGGUACGGCAAGGUCACUUUGGAGGAACACAACUCCGUCAAGGCUCAGCUGGCAUCUGUCCGGUCCGAGCUGGCGGCGGCUUUGGAGCAGGUUAAGAGUCUCCAGGCGUCGAGCGCCGCGCUGCAGCAGCAGCUGGCAGAGCUGAAGACAGCGAAGGAGACGACGGACGCGGACCUCGAAAAAACGCGAAAAGAGUACGCCGAAAUCCGUGGGCGCCACAGCUUGCUCAUCCGUAAGCACAAGGAGUUGCUCGCCAGCAACGAGGCCACGGGCAAGGCGUUGGCCGCCGCGCGGGAGGAGUUGGCAGCCGCCAACGAAAAGGUGGCGGCACUGGAGGCGCAGCUGGCUAAGUCUAAGGAAGAUGCGCUCACGGCCCAGAACGAGGCUAUCGCCAAAGUGAAGGCUUCCCAUAAACAGAUGGUCGAUCGGGCCCGUGCAGCGAUUGCGGAGAAGGCCAGCCUGGAAUCGGAGCUACAGGUCGCGCGAACAUCUGUCGAGUCGUUGAACAAAGUUGUGGAGGACGAGCGCCAACGCCGAGCCAAUGACGGCAAGACAGCGGCGAUGCGCGUCCUGGAACUGGAACGCCAGCUCAAGGUUUCGCGUGAUGAACGUGGCUGGGCUCGCUGGCGCGGCAGGGCCGGGUUCACCCCCAGCUGCGGUGGCACCAGCGGUGGCAGCAAGGGUGACACCAUUGGCGGCGCCAGCAAUAACAGCAAUGCCGGGCGCGACACCAACUGCAGCGCCGACGCCUGCUGCAGCGCCGGCACCGGCCACAGCGCCGACGCCUGCUGCAGCGCCGGCACCGGCCAUAGUGCCGACGCCUGCUGCAGCGCCGGCACCGGCCAUAGCGCCGACGCCUGCUGCAGCGCCGGCACCGGCCAUAGUGCCGACGCCUGCUGCAGCGCCGGCACCGGCCAUAGCGCCGACGCCUGCUGCAGCGCCGGCACCGGCCAUAGCGCGGACGCCUGCUGCAGCGCCGGCACCGGCCACAGCGCCGACGCCUGCUGCAGCGCCGGCACCGGCCACAGCGCCGACGCCUGCUGCAGCGCCGGCACCGGCCAUAGCGCCGACGCCUGCUGCAGCGCCGACGCCGGCGUCAGGCGCUUCGUCAGAGCCAGCAGCCCCUACCUUGGUACAACCGGGCCACCUCUGGCCGCCGCAACAGCCCGCGGCAUUCGCAGGACCCCAAUCCAGUUCCCGGUUCCUGCAGCUGUACAACCGCAGACAACUGGCCCACGGCCGUCAACCUCGACAGGCCAAGCGACACUUACGGGGCCGCUUUCCGCACCUGCUGCUACGGCCGCUGCUGCCUCCGGUAACGUAACACACGAUCAGCCAACGGCUGCGGCAGUGACAGAUACUGCAGCGCAGCCCGAAAGCACUGACCAGCAGAUGGUCCAGCAACCAAGCGCUGCUGCCGUCGGCGGGUCCGGAACCGCGGCCGUUCCGGAAGGGGCUCCAGUACCAAUCUCCCAACUGACAGCUGAGGGUACGCCAGGGGCUACUACUGCGACGACUACGGCUGGCUCUGGUGCUGGUGAUGGAGACAUAGCCAUGGGGGAAGCAGAGCCGAGCAGCGAGCCCCAUGCUGCAGUUGAUACGGAGAUGGGCAAUGCUGCGGUGGAGACUUCGGAUGCGGUCGCCGCCCACAUCCCUGCAGCUGCUGUGCCAACGGAUGCCACCACUGCUGGAACCAUGACGUCAAAGGAGCCUCAGGGCCAACCACUGCCUGCAGAGAUAGAGACAGAGGCGGCAGCGGCAGAGGGUGAGCGACCGGCUGGUGAUACCGCCGCUGCCGCCGCCGCCGCCGCCACCGCGGGUCCGCAGGAGACACGUGGCGAGGGGGAGGCUGCUGACGAUGGCGGUGGACGAACGGAGGAGGCUGCGGAUGACGGGUUCGAGGAGGGUGAGGACCUUGGCGAGGAGCAGGCGGAAGCGGGGGCUGCGGAUGCCGACCGGGCAGCCGACGGUGCGAUGGAGGAUGGUGAGGCAGGCGGCGAGGCAGACGCAGCAGCAGCUAGCGAAGGCGGGGCCGACGGGGCCGAACAGGAGGCCCAAGAAGAAGGGGAAUUGCAAGAAGAGGAGGAGGGCGAUGCGGCGGAGGGAGGCGCGGCGGAGGAGGGCGCACAGCUGGCCCCGGCGGGUCCGCCGGAAGAGCCAGUGACAGGCGCGCCAGAAGCUCCGCCAGCCGAGGCGGCGCCUGCGGAGGAAGGGGAGGAACAGGAGGGAGGUGGGGACGGCGAGGUUGUGAGUGGCGAUGGGGCAGACGCAGAGGACGGUGGGCGCGGCGGUAGGGAUGGAUGUACGGCUGCUUCACUGGGCGAUGCCGGCAGGGCGCAUGUGGGUGGCACAGCCCAGCCCUUGGGCGAUACUACUGGGUUGCCGGAUGAGACAGGGGCCCUUGCCGCCGGCACGACUGCCGCCGUCGAUGCUGCUGCUGCGAUGGCGGCGGUCGGUGAAGCUGGGGCUGCGGAAGACGUUGCGGCGGUGGCGGCCGAAGGCGAGGCCGGCAGCACGGCGGCAGCAUACAUGGACGUUUUGGCAGCCAUGGAGAGCACUGUUGUGCCCAUGGAUGAGGAUGAAAACAGGGCUACGGCGGUGGUGGGAGAGGAAGGCGGAGCAGCGGCACCAGUUGGUGGGGAUGAUGUGGAACUACAGCAGGAGCCCGGCGAGGUCGAAGGCGCUGGCUACGCCGAAGGUGACGGCGAGGGCGAGGGGGAAAGUGAAGGCGAAGAUGAAGGCGAGGAGGGUGACAUGGGCGCUGGGGACGAGGAGCGAGACAGUGGUAGCACGGAGAUGGACGACGAGGAUGACGAUGACGAGGACCCCGACCUGAAGGCGCUCCGUCUCCAGGCGUUAGCCGCCGCCACUACAAACACGCGAAAGCGCCAAAUGACGCCGUUAAUGGAGGACGACGGCGGUGUCGAUGCAGCUGCCGCUGGGGGUAGCGGUGAGGGCACCGGUGCGAACCAAGGUGGUGCUGGUGCUGUUGGUGCUGGUGCUGCAGGUGGAGCCGUCGGUGGCGACGAUGACGGCAGCGGCGCACCAGCUGCCAAGAGGCCACGGUCCGCGUCCCACACGUCUCUGGUUGCCAUGGGGACGGGUCCCUCGGGAGAUAUGGGGGCGGAAAACCAAGUGGAGGGCAACAUGGAUGAAGGCGCGGAAGCUGAAGAAUCUGAUCUGGAGCUAGACGAGCUCGUACCGAGUGUUGUAGCAGACUUGGAGGCCAGAGAUGCAGCUGUGGCAGCUGCGGCAGCUGCAGCGGCAGCAGCAGCAGCAGCGGGCGGUACGGCAGCAUCUCAGGGCGGCGGCGCGCUGGUCAGCACGCCCGACCCCUCACAGGAAGUCACGACGGAGGGCGCGCUUGGCACUCCGCCACAGGUGCAGGCACAGCCAGCCGCUGCUGCGAUGCAGGCGCAAGCUGAUGGCGACAGAGGUGCUGCGCCACAGGCGCGCACCUGCUGGCACCGCUGUUCCAACUGGUUCCAGUACGAGCGGUGGCGGCCAGCAGAAGCGUCAGCGCUCCGAAAUCAGCUUCAACCUGGCACCCAAGGCCCCACCGGGGCAGGGCACGGAGGCGGUGGGGACUGCUGCAGGACAGGGGGCGACCAGCGCUGGGGCGCCAGGUACAACCCGGAGCUGGACCGAGCGGGGCUGGUGCAGGGCGUGGACUGA